AUGGAUGAAGGUGGCCUGGCCGAUGUGGGCGCAAUGCCACCUGAGGAGGAAGGUGCUGGGUUCCUACCUUUCCUUCUGCUGAUCGUCCUCGUCGGUGCAGGCUGGUGGUUUUGGUCCAACAGCAGCGCUCAGACUUCCGCAGGUACCGCCACAGCGGCGCCCAAGCCGAAUCCCGAGGAGCUGCGGCGAAAGCGUCUCGAAGCUCUCGAGGCGUCCAUGACCAGCCAGCAGCCAGCGGCCACGACACCCGCUGCAGCGGAGGCUCCUUCUAGUGCUACCACGGCGACGGCGAAGACGCCGGAGGCCGCCGCUCCCGCUCCGCCGGCUGCGGAGAAGCCGGCUGUGGAGAAGCCGGCGGCAGAGAAGCCAAAGCCGAAGAUGGAGGAGGAGGGUCUGCGAAAGCGAGUGGUUCCGGAGGUGCAGAAAGCCCCAGUUCCUGCGCCGGCGCCCGCGAAAGAAGCUCCGGUCUCCGCCAAGGAGAACACGCCGCCACCCGCAGCGCCAGAGCGAUUCGCUCUGCGGGCCCGGGCCACGCUGCAGGGAGCCUCAGUCCUUCGGAACCUGGAGGGCAUCGAGGCUUCUACAACCGUGCAGCGUCUGCGGGAUAUGGUGCAGAAGGCCUAUCUUCCUGAUGCAAAGGGUCAGAACCUGCGGAUCUUCUUCAAUGGCAAGGAGCUGAAGGAGCUUGGAUUAUCUGCCAAGCAGCUGGGGCUCGGUGAGAACGCCUGCCUGCAGGUCAUGUUCUCGUCGCCCAGCGCGGCUCCCGCAGACAGCCCGGCUGCUGCAGUCACGCCUCCGGCAGCAGAGGGGCUAAUUGUGCGGCUUCAGGGCACCGUCGGCGGUCGCACCUGUUCGCACAUGAUCGAGGAGCUGACGACGGCCUCCUCGGUCUUAGACUUGGAAGGCCUGGCCCUGGGCGCGUUCGAGCCAGGACCCGAGAUGAAACCCCGCCUCUUCUUCAUGGGCCGUGAGCUCAAGGAGGCGGAGACAUUUCUGGGCCAUGUUGGCCUGAAGACGAAAUCGACGGCAACCGUCCAGGUGAUGUUUGCUGCUGGCGAGCCACGUGCAGUGGCCAAGGCGCCCGCGGCGCAAAAGCCGCCUGCCGCAGAGGCUUCCGAGACAGCACAGGUAAGCCAUGAAAUCGCCGAUCUCGGGGCCUUGCCGCUACAGGUCAUCGUGAGCCAGGAUGUCUUUGAAAAGCGACAUGCCUUUGGCCACUGGAAGGACUUUGUCGUAGCAGCUGGCGAGCAGAACAACCCAGGUGGCGAAGCCCGGCUGAAGGCUGGGUUCACCCUGCUUUUCGCAGCCAUUGCCACAGUGACCGUGGGCACUGUGAUUGGCUACGUGAUCAGCUCUGAGGUGGCAACCCCCUACACUGCGUGGGUGGUGGUCUUCAUCCUCUUCGCCUAUGCUGGUGCCGUGUUCGGCUACUGCUUUCUGACCUACGAAGAUCCGGCACAGAGAGUCGUGACGAACCUUCUGUUUGGCCUCGUGCCCUGGACCGUGAGCUGCGCCUGCUACCUGCUGGCCAUGAUCUUCGUCGACCUGAGAAGGUGGGAGACCAAGGACCUCUAA